UCUUCCCAGUUGCAAGAGAGAGCGUCCACAGUUUCAGUUCAAAGCAACUGGUGGCAACAGGUUAGCUUUUAAGAUGGCAGGAACCGCACGCCACGACCGAGAGAUGGCGAUCCAGGCCAAGAAGAAGCUCACCGUGACCACUGACCCCAUCGAGAGGCUCCGCUUGCAGUGCCUGGCCAGGGGCUCAGCGGGCAUCAAAGGGCUUGGCAGAGUGUUUCGAAUUAUGGAUGACAAUAACAACCGGACCCUUGAUUUCAAAGAAUUUGUAAAAGGGUUAAAUGAUUAUGCUGUGGUCAUGGAAAAGGAGGAAGCAGAAGAGCUUUUCCGGAGGUUCGAUAAAGAUGGAAAUGGAACAAUAGACUUCAAUGAAUUUCUUCUCACAUUAAGACCUCCAAUGUCCAGGGCCAGAAAAGAGGUGAUAAUGCAAGCUUUUAGAAAGCUAGACAAGACUGGAGAUGGUGUGAUAACAAUUGAAGACCUUCGAGAGGUGUACAAUGCAAAACACCAUCCAAAGUAUCAGAAUGGUGAAUGGACGGAGGAGCAAGUGUUCCAGAAAUUUCUGGAUAACUUUGACUCACCGUAUGACAAAGAUGGAGUGGUCCUGGAGAUGUCCCUCAACUGAAAUGGUUUCAAAAGAAGACUUCUUGAACUAUUAUGCUGGUGUUAGUGCGUCUAUUGACACCGAUGCCUAUUUCAUUUUAAUGAUGAGAGAAUCCUGGAGAUUAUGACUUUUGUCUAUUAAUUCUUUUGCAAAUCAGGGACUUUCAGAGAAUGGAAUGAGUUUGAAAGAAGUCCAAUGCUGUAGAUUUUGAUAAACUGAAGUUUCUGGGAGAUCUGGAAGUUUAAAAGCAAUAGAUCUUCAGUCAUCUUAUUUCUUUACCUGGAACAUGUUCAUUUCCUUAAAUGCCUGAGGAUCUGUUUUCAAAUCAGAAAUAAAGGAAAGAAAGAAGGAAGAAAGAAAACUGUGAAGUGAAACUGAGAGGUGUUUCUUAGUGAAAUAAUGCCCUUGUUAUAGUUGUGCCUCUUCUAGAUGUAAAUGUAGUUGUUUGUCUACACCUUCACUUUAUCUGCUGUCUUUGGAGUCUGUAGUAGAAGGUGAUAAUAAAAGAAUUGGAGGAAAAUCCAUCCUUGUAAAAUUUCCUGAGCUUACUCCUUUUAAUAUUUCUCUUGGUGAAUACUUUACAAAUAAAAUUUAUUUUAUUCUGAAA